GUACAUUCUUAGCUAUAAUAUAAACACCUAUUAAUAACUUAAUUAAAUGGAUUAUGAUUAUAAAUAAAUUUGUGAUAUGUUAAUAAGAGCUAUAUAAUAAACAUGUGAAUUGGUAACAAUAUAAUAGUAACAUGGAUACCCAGCAAACAUUAGGGUAUUCAACCAAAGCGGCUCUCGUCAAACUCCGAGAUGGAAUACGUAGUGUUAUCGAGGAGCACAAACAGAAUAAUAAGACCGGAUAUGGAUUCAUCAAAAACAUUAUAUCAUUUUCUUCCGAGAAGGUGUUGUUGUCUGGAGUGGCAUACACAAUCACGUUACUAUAUAUAAUCUGCCUUACUUUGACAUUUUUACUUGGGGACUAUGUGAAAGCAGAUGGUUAUUUACUAUGGGAGGCUCUGUUCCUUUUUGUGAUACUGAUAAUUAACUUCUUGGUUGCGUUUAAUGAAGAAUAUUUAUAUAGAAAUGAAAUACCUCAUAGAGUUAAGAAAGUCCUAGAAACAUUGGAUGAUGCCAUAGAUAGAUCAAUAUGGAAGGAAGGGCACUACCCCCACUUGUGUGCCCCAUUCUCACCAUGCGUCAUACUGCAGUGGACUUACAGAGAUGAUAUGGUGGUAAAUCUCCCAUGGUCACUGCUGGUGGAAGGUGAUGUCGUGGUGCUCCGGCCCGGGCAGGAGGUGCCUGGGCACUGCCGCGGCCUGGACCCUGAGGACCCGGAGCUAUUCUUCGGACAAACCUUUCAGCCCAGCUCACAGUAUAAAGAAAACUUUAGCAUGCCUCGCGUCCGUGAGCCGCACCAGAACCGCUCGUACCGAAUGUGCGAAACGCCCUUUCUGAAGAACCUUCGGUUGGCUUUGGAGCAUGCCACGUCUCGACCGCGCACCGUGUUUGAGAAACAGAGGUACCUGUGUACAGUAAAAAUAAUGGAGGGCAUAGCACUACCCCUUGUAAUCCUGCUAGUUGUGGUGGCGUCCUUCGUCCGUCACGUGUACCAGUUACCCGGCGUCACACACUGGACAGAGGUGUAUUUCCUGCAAACCGUGGCGGCGUCGCUGCCGCUCUUGCAGAUUAUAUUUCCCGUGGUCUGGGUUGCUCUCAACUGCUACGGGAUGGCCCGGUUCAAAUUGCUCUCCGAAACUCGUCAAAAGUACGUGCGUACGAAAUCCUGCUCAAUAUCAGAGGAUGCCAGUGACCCCCUGAUACAAGCGCUCAGCGAAUCCAACUUAAAGCCGGAGAGUCUCAAGUCUCUAUGGAAAACUUUUUAUAACAUCCUGAGGGGGAGGGAAGAUAUGGUUGUUCGGACGGCGAAUAUUGUACAUGUGUUGGGGUCUUUGUCGGCCUUAUGCUGUGUAGACAAGAAAGGCAUCCUAUCCUGGCCAAACCCGACAGCGGAGAAGGUGUUCUUCCUCCGCAACUCCAGUUCCGCCUCCACUGCUUCCAGUAAAACCAGUCUGGUGGGCUCCAUGCGCCAGAGCCAGACCAACCUCGAGCAAGAACCGAAGCAGAACGAACCGUCUACCAUCGUUGAGGUUCUAGACUUAACACACGACCAGAACGCUCCCUUCAGCGUAGAAUUCGACGACCAGCGCUGGCGGCAACACUUAGCGCGGCUCAAGCCUUUGGGACUCGCAGCUUUGCUCAAUACGUGCGCGCCCGCUCCCAGACACACUUAUGCGCACUUCUGUGCACAUCUCACUUGUGAGGCGCAGUAUAGCGAGGAUCUAGUUCCAGUAACCAACCGUCGUUGCCUCUGCGAAUUGGCGAAGCAAAUCGGAUUCACCGAGUCUGUGGAGGAUUCCUACACCAUUCAAGAAUGCCUGCCCAUCUUCAGGCAUUUACAAGCUGAUACGAUUCGUCGCGAGACUCGCUUCGUGCGUUCCCUACACUUGAGCACGCGAGUUAAGGUGCCCCUUCCACACAUGCUGGCCGUCGUCGUUAAGGACCAGGCCAAUCAGCUGCAAAUGCUGACACAAGGUACCGCAGACAUAAUACUGGACUCAUGUGUGGAUUACUGGAACGGACGGGACCUGACGCCAAUCUCGCCGUCUGACCGAAAGAAGAUCAUCGAUUUCUACCAGCGAAAUUCGCUUACGGCCUACUGUACUGCUUUUGCAUACAAACCGUUGACCCGCGGCAUAUCUCCGUCCUUGUCGCGUAUGUAUCUGGAACUACCGGCCGACAGUCGGCAGUUGUACGCGCCCCAUUCCCAACAGUGGGCAGAUGCUCCUGCUCUACAUUUUCAUUCCACCGAUUCGUUAUUAUUCAACGAAGUAACUGAUGACGACGUCAGUGAUGCUGACGGAUAUUUCGACAUGCAAUGCAAUCAGGUAUUCAUAGGCAUGGUAACAAUGCAGUACCAAGCCCAAUCCGACAUGGUGGAACUGAUUGAGCGUCUCGAACGCGCGUGCAUCCGCUUCGUACACUUCAGCAAAGAGAACGAGUUGCGCUCCAGAGUGUUUAGCGAGAAGAUGGGCCUGGAGUCUGGGUGGAACUGCCACAUAUCGCUCAUUAGCGGGGAGACGCCGAGCCGAACCGCGUCGCCGCUGUCUUCUCAAACGCUCGCCCGCCCGAGGCCCCUCAAUAGGGCCGUCGACACUUGUGACGCGGUCAGGCUCGGCUUUUAUAAUAGCAAUACCAUGGCAGCCUCGAAGGCACUAUCUAUGUCGGCCCCUGGAGCUAUAAACUUGGACCAUACCACGGUUAAAUUUGACAGCGAAAUCAAAAAGGCCAGGCAUUCUAUCACCACGCACACUGGGCUCAAGUUCCAACGCAGCAGUAUAGCGACAUCGCACCCGUCGGCCGACUCGCUUCUCGACUCGGACUCGCCGGCCGACGCGUGUCGCUCGCUCUCCUGCCUGACAGACUCGACCGACCACUCGGCGCCCGUCAACUUCGACAUGAGCAACCGUGCGAAACUCCCUCGCGGUAUCGACGCCAUCCGCCCCCACAUAGAACAAGUGGACAAUGUUCCGCUGCUAGUGUCGCUCUUCACGGACUGCUCAGCGCGCUCCGUACAAAUGAUGAUACAGAUCAUGCAGGAUUACGGCGAAGUUGUUUGCGUGAUGGGCUCCGCGGCUAACUGUCUAAACAUGGAGAUUUUCAUGCAAGCGGAUGCCAGUAUCGCAGUGGAACCACUGUACCCAGUGCUGUGUCAGAAAAUGCCGCCAUACCAGGUACCUGGGGACUGUAUAGGACCUAUCGACCUAGCGCGGGCCCUGAACUCCGUGCCUUGCUCUUUGUCGUUGUUAAACAAAUGGCAAAACCAGCCGUUUAACAAAUACUGCAGCAAACAGAUGACGCGCGACGCCGACGUUUCUCUCUUCACAUUGAUCACAAUGUCGCGACACUUCACCUCUUGCCUGUGGAACUCCACGCAGUUUUGGAUGUGCGCUGUGUGCUUCAUAUCUGUCCUACAGGUCGGUUCCUUGUACGCGUUCCUACCACUAGUUUUGAGCGCAGGCGGCGCGGCAUUGGGCAGCGCGGCCGCAGCUCUUCUCGGGACGGCGUUGGCGUUCGCGCCCGUCGACGCUGCGGUCAUGCAGCGUGCCGCGACCAGACCGCAGCUCGCGCCGCACAAACGGAUGAUUCUGUUCGUGUUCUGGUGCUACGCGUGCAAAUUCAUCCCGUCUGUUAUAUCCAUAUUGGUGCUCUAUGGAUUCACACUGAGAUCGUUCUGCGAGCAAAUAUCAGAAGCAACCAACGCGACAUCCUGCUGGAUCGUGUAUCCUAUCAACGUGGGCAACUAUUCCGUAGCUCACGACCUAACCAGAAAGUCCUGGCACGGCUGGGGCGAUGACUUCUACGACGGGUUUUACCUGGCGCAGCAUAUCACAUUAGCCUUGCUUACCUUGCAUUUAAUUGUUAUAUCGUUGUCUUUCAUACAUCGACAAUCUUCCAUUUGGCGGCGUUGCUUUUGGAGCAACAAGGUGUGGUCCGUCGCCGUACUCGUUUUAAUACUCCUCCAAGCGGCCAUAAGCCUAUUCAUGCUGCGGCACAACUACGGUUCCUGUGAGAACUGGGAUCUUUGCUCACUGCGGUACCACGUUCCUUGGCAGUUGGCACUUGGCUACGGUGGCUCAUUACUCGCUGUGUUCGCGCUUAACGAGUUCAUCAAGUGGCAAGAAAUCAAAGCCGACGUGCGGAAUCAAAGACGAGCCCGAUUGGACUUCGGGACGAAAUUGGGCAUGAACUCUCCUUUCUAGUCAAUUUUACUAACGUUUUUGAACAUUUUUCGUGCUUUUGCUCAGGACUAAACCAACCACCUUUCGGUUGGCUAACCUGAGCCUGACGAGGCCUAAGGGGCUGAAACUUUAAGUUAAGGAAAAGUGACAUAGUACUUAUUUAAUUAUUUAUAUUGUGCUCUAUUUUGUACUUACUGUUUUACAGUACACUGUUUUUGAUAAACAUACAAAUUAUUACAAUAAAAAUUUCUAAAAUA